AAAUAAUGUAUUUGUAAUUACUAUUUACUAUUCUGCAUACAAAUAAUGUAUUUACAUUUAUUUUUUAGAGCUUGAUCUGUUUUAUCCAAAGUGUUACAUAUGAACGCCACGUGGAUCAUUUUGGACUCUUUCCUUACUUGUCCAGACGUCCCUUGGACUCUAUUAUAUUGAUUCUUCCAAACCAUACACAAAAAUACAAAGCAUCACUCUCCACUCUCAUACUUAUUAUGCUCCAGUGUCCAACACCUAUCAGGCUAUCACCUACCAAACUCGUUGAUUUCAUAGAGAUGAGCGGAGAAGGCAAGGUAGUUUGUGUUACUGGGGCUUCGGGAUACAUAGCUUCAUGGAUCGUUAAGCUCUUGCUUCAGCGUCGCUACACUGUUCAUGCCACCGUUCGCUCCCUUGAUGAUCCUAAAAAGACUGAACACCUACGUGCUCUUGAUGGAGCUAAGGAAAGGUUAUCUCUGUUUGAAGCUAACUUGACUGAAGAAGGAUCUUUCGAGUCUGCUGUUAAUGGCUGCGAUUGUGUCUUUCAUACAGCAUCUCCUGUUCUGCUUUUAGUGUCUGAACCACAGGCUCAAUUGUUAGAACCUGCAGUGAAGGGGACACUUAAUGUCCUUAAAUCAGCUGCAAAAGUUCCAUCUCUCAAAAGAGUGGUCUUGACAUCUUCCAUGGCUGCAGUUAUGUUUCCCGCAAAACCUCUGCAGCUUGGUGAUGUGAUGGAUGAAACCUGGUUUUCAGAUCCAGAAACAUGUGAGCAAAAAAAGUCAUGGUAUGCCCUUUCAAAGACCCUGGCUGAGGAUGCUGCUGUAAAAUUUUGUAAAGAGAAAGGUUUGGAGUUGGUGGCUAUAAACCCUGGCUAUGUCAUCGGUCCUAUCUUACAACCAACUCUUAACCUCACUUCUGAGGGCAUUAUGGGCAUGAUUGAAUCCGGAAAGGAAGUAUUCCCAGAUGGAAUUUAUAGACUUGUUGAUGUGAGAGAUGUUGCUAAUGCUCAUAUUUUAGCAUUUGAAAACCCUGAAGCAAAUGGUAGAUACUGUUUGGUAGGUGAAGUGAUUCGCUCUUCUGAGAUCAUGAAGAUUUUAAAUAAACACUACCCUGUUCUUGGCCAUUCUGAAAAGUAUAAAGAUGGAAAUGGUGGUGAGCCUGUACCUUACACUGUAUCGAGGGCAAAAGCGGAAAGUUUAGGCGUUGAAUUUACUCCAUUGGAGGUAAGUAUCAAGGACACUGUUGAAAGCCUGAAAGAGAAGAACUUUCUGAGCUUCUAAAACACAUGAUGAUGUUCAUGAAGACUUGGAUUCUUUUUAAAGGAAACCCGCAAUGGAGAACUUGUAGUCUUUUGAUCCUCUAGCAUAUUAAUGUGUAAACGUUUGACUUAUCAGUGACUCCAUAAGUUUGUGAAAAAUAUUUGAUAAAAAUCAUCUUUUUGCAUUCACUCAAGCUAACAAUUGAUGCAUGUAUAACAUUCUCAGACAUUCACUCAAAUAGACAGCCAAUUUCAACAAUUAAUUUUUGAAAAAACUAUCAACAAGGAAUGUUAUUACUUAC